AUGCCCGAGCACACCGCCGCCUCCAGGCUCCGGCUUUCCGGGCUGUGCUUCCUCCUCCAAAUCCUCACCAUCCUCCUCUUCGCCGUUUUUGUUCGCUACAGCCCAGAGAGCGGCCCCGGGCUCUGCUCCCAGCAGCCCAACUGCAGCUGGAGGAACCAGGACUCGGGUUUGCAGCACCCCCGUUUCCGAGAUGUCCACCUCCAAGCUCUCCUUGGCUUCGGGCUCCUGGUGGCCUUCCUCGGGCGCUACGGGCCAGGCAGCAUGGCCAUCAGCAUCCUCGUCACAGCCUUCGCCAUCCAGUGGACCAUACUGAUCCAGGGCUUUUUAUACUUUUUCCUCAACAGCAAAAUUUCCGUGGGCGCUCAGAGCAUGGUCAGCGCCGACUUCUGCACCGCGGCCGUUCUGAUCUCCGCCGGCGCGGUUCUGGGCAGAGUGAACCCCGUCCAGAUGCUGCUGCUGACGCUGCUGGGGGUCACCCUCUUCACUCUCAACGAAUACAUCCUGCACAGCCUCAUGGGGGUAAGCGACAGCGGAGGCUCCUUGACCGUCCACACCUUCGGAGCUUAUUUUGGGUUGAUGGUUUCACGGAUCUUGCACCAGCCCCACAUGGACAAGAGCAAAGAGCAGCAGAACACGGGGCACCAGCCAGAUGGCUUCACUGCGGUUGGAACCAUCUACCUGUGGAUCUUCUGGCCCAGCUUCGCCUCAGCCACCACGGCCCGUGACAACCCCGAGCCCUGGGCAGUGCUCAACACCUACUUCUCGCUGGCAGCAAGCACCAUGGCCACCUUUGUCCUCUGGCCCAUCCUCCACGAGGAGGGCACGCUGCGGACGGUUCAGAUCCAGGAUGCCGCCUUGGCCGGCGCAGCUGUGAUGGGUAUGGCUGGGGAGAUGCUGGUGGCACCCUUUGGGGCCCUCAUCGCAGGGUUUCUGGCCGGCCUGAUCCCUCCCCUGGGCUUCAGAUUCCUCACGCCCAUCCUGUGCUCCAGGCUGAAAACCCAGGACGCGUGUGGGGUUCACAACGUCCACGGGCUCCCGGGGAUCCUGGGCGCUUUGCUGGGGACGCUGCUGACGGCGCUGGCCACCGCAGAUGCUUACGGUGGAGCCCUCCUGAAAACGCAGGGGCUGAGACCCCCCCCGGACAGGCGGUACCUGGCAAACACAGACCUCUGGGAG